GAUGUUAUAAUAAUCUUUGUCAUAUUUUAUGAACAUUUUCUUUUUUUCAUUAUUGUUAUAACCAUUGUGUCACCACUGACUUGGUAGUUAUCAUUUUUCAAUACAUUGUACACAGUUUUGUUUUUUUAUUAUUAUAUUUGUCAAGUUUGGAUUAUCUUAUUGUUAUUAUGUUCAUCAGAUUUAAGUCAAACACUAUAUAGCAUAGUAUAAUUGGUUUAAUAUUUGCAAAACAUACAAAAUUACAAAAUACAGGUGCAAAAAAAAAAAAGCAAACAGUUUAGUUAUAAAAAAAAACUAAAAACAUCUGUUGGUCACUAGUGUUAGGCUGUGGAUCGUUGAUGCUGUCAUUUGAGUCAGCUGGGACAGCACGUGGGAUAGCCUGAGGAGUCGGUUUUUCAUAAACUUGGUGAGCUUUGUCUGAAUUGUCAGUUUCUUCUCGUAAAUUUCAUAAUAUGGAUGAACAUCCCCAUCUCUUAGUCGCUGCCAGGAGGCUGGCCUGAAACUUGUGCGGAAGUGGUCGUAAAUGCAGUCAGUCGUAAGUCAUAUAUAUAUAUAUAUAUAUAUAUAUAUAUAUAUAUAUAUAUAUAUAUAUAUAUAUAUAUAUAUAUAUAUAUAUAUAUAUAUAUAUGAGGUGUCCAGAGAUAGAGUGACAUAAGCAACAUUGUGGCCAAAAUUAUUAUUUUCAUUGCAUUGUCUUCCCAGCCUUCCUACCGUGAAAGGAGAGAGCGCAGAUGUCAGGAUGGUUCCCACAAUAGGAUAAAAAAAAUCCAUGCAAGUGAAAUUAUCCAUGGAACCUUCUUGCCACACUUCAGUGAUUGCUAUCAGUUGCUGGGUUAAAUGACAGAUUGCUGUCUUAAUUUUGCUUUUACACCACACAUAAACCUUAGAUUAUUAUGGCGGACAACAGUGUACCCCCAGAGGAGCCAGGAUCUUCCAGAGGAAGAGAAAGGGUGUGUACUCCUGCAAAAUGGAAGAAAAAUAUCACUAAAAGAUGAAGAUACAUGGGAGAAACCUACAUGAGGUUUGGAAGUAUCGGUUGAUUCUAUUAUUUCAUUAUCUAUUAUCCUUUAUACCGGUAUAUUUUCAUAAUGUUUAUUUGUUCCUUUGUUUUAGUUUCUUCCAGUUUAAUUUUUUAAGCUUGUAUCAUUCGUUUCUGUUCAUCUUAGGAAGUACAUGUAUGUCGCUUACAUUUCUGCUUCCUAACACCGAUAAGUUAACUAAAAAGGAGACUUUUUGAUGGUUGUGAUUCCCAUAUUAGUACAUAAAAAAAUAAAACCACGAUAUAAUAAAGGAAAUAAACAAUGUGUAGGCACUA